AUGCAUUCUUUUAAUUAUUUUCAACAAAACCUUUACCUUUAAUACAUUCAUCAUCAAAUACUAAUGUAUAAUUAAAUGCUAAAGUAAUAACAAUCUUAAUACUUUUAGUGCUUAUAACUUUUUAGCUAACCAAAACUACCCUUAAGUUACCUCAAUAUCAGAUUAAAAGGAAUUUAGGCACAUUAAAAAUACCAAAAAUGAGGAUACUCCUCUUAUUUAACCAAAAAAUGGCAUGCCUUUAAAAAAAAAAAUAAAUAAAGUUCCAUAAAAAUACAGAGAAAAAAUGAAUGAACUAAAUAAAACAUAAAAGAAGAAAAUUUUUCUUUAAAUGAUGGACAUUAAAGAUGCAUAAUAUAAGAAGUUCUUAUUUUAUUAUAGAUGCAAAGCUUCAAACGUUGAAGAAUUGCUUUAAAAUACCAUUUUCGAGAAUAACUUGAAAUAAUGA